AUGUCUUCAAUGAUCCGAACUCGGGCCUUGCGAAAGGAGUUCGUUGUUGAUAAUCUACGGAAGCCUGACCUAAUCGCCCCAAGCCACGAGCCAUCCAGAGUGCUUCCACCUAACAACGUAUUACCCAAUCUUGAGGCAGUGUCUCAGCGACCUCGACUUCCACAAGAAGCAGGAACUCGUGGCCCAAGUUCAAGUAGCAUCAACCGACCCAAUGCAACAAUCUUAGGUUUCAAUCCGUCCGAAAUUGUCUUCCCGUCCAACAGCGUCCGGAAAGUAUUUGGUAUCAAGACUCGGAGUCGUAAGCUCCAGCCGCAAAGUACUAAGGAACGCGACCCCCGAUCUCUCAGCAAUGUUGACAUCCUUCUACACAAUCUAACUACCUCAAACCCCCCCGAACUCGGUACCUCAUCACGAAUCUAUAAUACCGAUUCGAUCACAACCCCUGGCCUAGCCGGGCUAGAAACGGAAGAUAGCUGCUUCAGCAACAUAUCAAAAAACUCCCCUAGCAUAUAUUGUCUAGAUAAUGGAAACGUUUUCAUCGGAAAGCUCAGGAGAUGCCGCCACCAACCUCAAUGGACGAGGAAUGGCACAAAGUUCGGAACCGUUUAUUCAAUACGUCGACAGGACACCGUUAUCGAGCCCGAACUAUGUAUGGCCGGGGAGAGCGAUGAUAAAUCUGAGACUGUGCAGCUAAAGCCCAUCAUAUUGAAUUCGGUGUGGAAGCAAAUUUGCAAGAAAAAAGUCCAAAAGCCUAUAAAUGAACUAGCCUAUCUUGAUGAACUGACUAAGGGAAGAGUUGAAGUCCAUCUCCGUGCACCGAGAUUUGCAGGGCGCCUCCAAUCAAAUCCAGAAACAGAAUCUGGACCCUCACCCGUCGCUCAUAGUACCGCGAAAGUUUACGUACUUCUUCCAGACAAAUUUUCGCCACAUGGAUUCUCCGCAAGUUGCAUGCAGGUGGGGUGUACUUCGCGCGAAGAAGCGGUUGCCGAACGUCCGUGGAUCAUCGAGGGUCUUAUCCGUGUCGACAGGGAGAUAUAUGCACUUACCACUGCUCAUCCAAUCUUCGAUGCAAUCUCGUACGGAGAUGACUCUGUGAGCGAAUUAUCUGCAUCAGAGUCGAGUUCUUCAUCUAGCUCCGAUCUAUCUGGUCCUAACAAUUCUCCUCCUUUGGAAUUUCCAAGAGGAACUCGACUUACCAACGUUUCUGAGACGCAACCCCACACAGCUCAGAGGAGCGAAGAGUCUUCGAGGUGGUCAUUGGCUGCUCUAGGUCCUGUGAACUACGCUAGCCGAUCCAGUUUGUCCGGAUUAGGAGACUACGACUUCAGCACGACUGAGAGUUACUUUGCGCUCGUACAAUUAGACCGGAGGGGAGAUGUACUGUACAAUUUUUACGAGUCUCCGGGAAAUCCCCAGUCAGAAUUUUGCACUAUUAAGAGUAUCUCCUCAGAUUUUACUGGUGGAGAAGUGCUCAUGAUCUGCUCACCAGCCGAUGUUAGGCCGGGAUAUUUACUUGAUGGAUCGGCAUUAUUUAUGAACAGAAUGAGCGUCUUUCAUACCAAAAAGAUUCAAACUCAAGUCCCCUUUGGUAGCGUGUCUGGUACCUGGGUUGUCUGCGGCGGGAGCUUGCUUAGAAUGAUUAUCGCGGUAUAUGAGUGCGAGGCAUACGUUCAUAUGCUACCAGUCGAUCAAAUAAUCCGAAGCAUCCAAUCACUCGUGUCCAAGAACGGCCGCAAAGCUUUAGUCGACCUUGCAGUCAGGAACCUUCCCAGGAUACAGUAUGACCAAGAAGGUGAAAUCACGGUGGUAAGCCCCUCACUUCCUAGAGCUCAAGCAGAGAAGCCUCAUGUCUCUUCCACUGAUGCUCAGCCGCCUCCAACAAAAACGGCAGAGGGAGAAAAGACGGGAAUAGAGACGGGAAUAGAGAUACCAAAUCUCUGA